GCCGCUGAGGCUCGGCGGUGCACGGCAGCCGCCGCCGCUCGGUUCCCGCCCGCGGCCUUACGAUGGCGAGCGGCUGCGCGGCGGCGGCGGAGGAGGAGGAUGCGGUGACGGCCGAGCCGCCCGGCGGCCCGCGGGAGCCGUGCACUGUGGCGGUGGGGUGCUCCUGGCCCUGCGCGCCGCCAGACGGCCUGUCCCGGGCGCUCUGCCUGCGGGGGGACGCGGGCGGCGGCGAGGCGAGCACCGAGGCCGUGGUGGUAGAGAGGCGGGCGGCCGGCGGGGGCCAGGCCCCCUGCAUGCUGCAGCUGGAGUGCCGGCCGGCCGGCGCCGGGGAGAUGGUCUCCGUCGGUAUCCUGAGCGAAGCCCGGAAUAUGGAGGUGUACGUGGGCGAGGAGUACUGCGGGACCGGCCGGGGAGAGAGCCUAGGCGCCGCCCGGGCCCCGGGUGAAACUGAAAAGGUUACUUUAUACAGAAAAUACCUUAAGUUUGAAUGCCCUGCAUCCUCCUGCAGAAUUAAGCUGCUCUCCAUUGGUGAGAAACAAAGAGUACUCAUCAGUAAAAUAAUUGUACAAGUGAAAACAGUGUCUGCAAAACUAGCAACUGAUUUUCCUUCACUAGGCUUAAGCAUAGAUCUAGACAGAGUGCAAACUAUAAUGGAAUCUAUGGGAUCUAAGUUGUCUCCAGGUGCUCAGCAACUCAUGGACAUGGUCCGAUGUCAGCAGAAAAACAAUUUACCUCUUGGAGACAAGCUUAAUUGGAUCUUUGGGAAAAAUUCAGACUUUGGAGGUGACCAUGCAAUAGAUGGGUCACACAGUGCAGCUAUUCAGACGUCACUAGAUCAAUCAGCCAGUGAACCUUUGUCUGGUAAAAAUCAUUUAACAAGUGAAACAGUAUAUGAAGACUUAAAAAGUCGUGAUCUGAACACGCAGGUACCUGAAAGAGGGAGUACUUUUGAUUCUGAAAGACUUACUACCCAGCAAAAUACAGUUGACCUCAGAAAUUAUUUUAAAGUCAUGGGAUCUUUGCAUGCGCAGGAACAGGCGAGCGAAACCCCAAAUGUAGCUAAUCCACAGGUGCUUCUUCCUUUUCUUCAAAACUUAUGUAGUCAGGUAAAUCAUCUUCGGCUAAAAGAUGGCGAUAGGCAUUUUGGUAAAAAUGCAGCAACUAAAGAGGAAGGCAUUCAGUGUGUUGGAGUAGAACAACAGCCUAUUUGUUCCUAUUUGGAAAAGAUCAUCUCAAAAAAUAUGGAUCUGAUGGAGAAAAAACUAAUGGACUAUAUUGAUCGCCAAAUCCAGGCUCUUCAGACACAUAUAGAUAAUAAAAUGGUUCUCUUAAUGGACUUGGUUCAGAACUCAAAGCCAAACAAAAUUUCACAAGCACACUAUGAUUCUAACGAAGGGUUCUCUAAUGGAGAGAGAUAGAUGUAUAUAGAUAUAGGACUUCAAUGUAAGUGCUUUAAGGGCAAUUAUACUUUACAAAGCUUAGUAUUUAUGGAGUUGUAACUGUAAAGACCUUCCGUGUUGUUGACUUGCAUUUUGUUACUGUAAUUCUAUCCACUAUUGUACACAGUUGUUAGUUUUAUGAAAGAUCUUUAAAAUGUGUGUUUUUUCCUAAAUAUAAGAAUUUUGUAUGCCCUUUGUGGCUUAUUUAUUUAAAGAGGAUUGCUAAAAGCCGUAUGAAACACAGUUUCCCAGUUUCAGUUUGAACAAUGGAGAAGUACUCUAAAUAAACUGAGUUACAGCUUAUCUUUUUACCUACAUGUAAUCAGUUCUCAAUUUCGUUGUCUUAAUUUUUGAUGUGUAACGUGUUACCAGUAGAACAGAAUGUAGUUUCUUUGUGCUUUUGGUUUAUUUUAAUGGCAUUGCUGUUGAAGAUAUCUGUUACUCCAUCUGUAGGAGGAAGGGUGAUACUGGCAUUGCUUAACUCAGACUGUUUAAGGAGUCAGGUUUAGAGAGACAGGCUCACUUGAACCCCAGCCUGGGUUCUUUGAAAGUGUUACUGGCUGUACAGACACCUAAGUUAGGGAUCCGGGCUCCUUAAGUGAUAGCUAAAACAAGGCUGUCAUAUUUUGUUCCCCUUUACAUUAAUUGAGCCAUUCAGGAACAACUGAAAUGAACAUAUACUUAGUAGACUUGUGCUUAACCAUGGUUCAUUAUCGUAAGAAGUAAAAGUACUUCAUUCAUGGUUCCUCUCAAGGGGACGUUGUUGCCAGAUAGAACGUGCCUGGCCUAGGAUCUGCUGCAUUUCACCAGCCUUAGGCCAGAGGAGUAGCCUUAUUGCAUCAUAUGUACUUCAACCUGUUGGGAUCAGGUCUGCUGUCAUUUGGGGAAGUAGAAAUGUGAGUUGAAGUCCCUCUUCUGUGGAAUGUCAAGCUUCAUACUUCAUUCUGUUUAUUGUUCUUUGAAUUCUGCGGUGCACUGUUUAACUUGGAUUGUAUUAAGGACUUAAUGGUAAACUCCAAAGUUGGAUGCGCAGACAUCGGUUGUAUUCACUGUCUUAAAAUCCGUUGAGCAGAAGCUGUUGAUGGGGAAGCAAGUGUUGACAGAACAAGCAGCAUAGGCACGUACGAGCUAGUAUCUCUAUCUAGUCUACCUAAUAUUUUCUUUUUCUCCAGGAAAACUGUCUUUUGAAGACUGUCAGAUCUUGAUGGUAGCAGCCCAGAGGAGUAGAUUUUUGAAGAGAGGAUAAUUUGAACAGACAUCUCUCAGUUGUCCCUCAGCAUACCUCAUGCCAGGUGCAGUUUCAAAGUGAUUCAAAAACAAUAAAAAAAGAGUUUUGUUGGUUUUUUUUCUAAGAAAAAAGGACCUAAAGUAUCUUCUACUUUACAAGUCACUUUACAGGUGUAAAGUUAGUUUUAUAGAUGCUUUCUAAGAAACACCCUGAGGUAGACACAUUCUUUUACAACUAAGUAAUUUAAGAUACAGUACUAGGUUGAGAGGCUUUAUUUACAGAAAAGUUGAAAUAUGUUUCCAAGCAUUGUUGUAUUCCAAGGCUGUUAGUUUAUUGAUUUAUUUUUUUAUUUUAUUUUUUUUGUUGGUUUAGGUUUUUUAGCUCUCCCCUCUUUGGGUGACAAAUCUCAAUAGAAGUUGACACAAAUUCAAAAUAUCCUGAAGUAGUUAAUAUGAGUUUGGGAUUUUUUGAUAGCCAUAUCCUGCCUGGCGUUUGUGAUAUUUUAGUAUCACAGCUACCACAAUGAUAAUAUUUGAAAUUAAAACCACAAAUGAAAGAGUGUAGAAGCUGUAUUGUUGUGGGUUUGGGGUGUCUUCAGCAUCUGCUUUAGCGAGGGAUUCUGUGUAGAGAAAAAACAAAGUGUGAUAUUUAAAGUUUCGAAUACCAUGUCAUUUCAAUGAAGAUUAAAUAAGCUUUUUUUCAGAUAUCUUGGUUCUGAGGAGUGUAACCACACCAAUUGCGAAUUCUGAAUCUGUAGUACUGAAGAGUUGUAAAAAUUUGUAAUAAAACAAUAAUGCAGAAGAGCAUCGCUAUGUUAACAAAUUCUUUGGUAUCACUGCAGCCAAGUUUCUGCCAAGCAGUGCUGCUGUUAUCUUUAGAACCAGAUAGAAGGGAGGCAAACUGCUGAAGCAAAGCUGGGCAAAAAAGAAACUGAUGGUUCUAACACUCUGCCUUUUAAUGAUUUACUAGCUGGUCCUUAGUAAAACUCAUUAUUUUUCUGUAAAUCAUGAAAGAUGCUAUGAGAAUUAAUCUAUGUUUUGUAAUAUUCCGAGUGUGAUCUGUUUGCACCUGAAUCCUUUCCACAUUAUGCAUGUGUCCAGUUUCUAGCAUAUGGAUGUUAAAUCUUUCACUAUUGAAAUAAAUGAGAGCAUGCUUAAAAUGCUGCUAGAGUUCA